UACGAAAAUGCCAAGCGACUGAUCGGACGUGCCUGAAUACAAUCUAUGGACUGUUGACCUGCACCUUUCGCAACCCUCACCGCGUAGUUGACGCGUCUGGUCCGCCGUCUUGCUCCAAGACGAUGAUAGUUCGAUAGCACGCCGACUUAACCUCCUAAUCGCGACCAUGUCCGCGCCGUCCUCCUCUCAGUCGCUCGAAUACCUCCAGGGUCUGCCUCUGCAGACGCACCGGAAGCUCUAUGAGGCACCAGCAACAGUGCUGGCGGUGUAUCGCUGCAUGCUGCCGCACUUGGCAAAGACACUCGUCAUGGCGAUGAUCUAUAUGCCCACGUCUUUCCCCGAUGCCCAGCUCAAAGCUUGGUUCAAACCAGGCGCCACUCGAGAGAAAGAGCAGGCCCUGUUCAUCCUCGCACAACUCCACAUUCUCGACACCACGAAACAAGACGACGGCACGAGAUCACACUCGCUUUCGCCAGGCUUCAAGCGCAGCCUACGUCACGCGUUGGAGGGCUCGGGACAGGAUGGCUCGUUUGGUGUGUCUGCCACGAAAGAGGAGAGUAGGGGCGAGAAGAGGGUUAGCGCCGAAUAUCUGGACGAGUACGCACGAGCGCAGUGGGAGACGAUUCUCUUCUACAUGGUCGGCAGUGCUGCGGGUGUGUCCGUGAGAUCCGACAUCCCAGCAGGGACCAAGAAGUUGCUGCAUGCUGGAGAUCUUGUCAGGUCAUAUCAUGGUGGCCCAAGAAUUACAAAGGAGGGAUUCACAUUCGUUUUGCAAGAAACGAAUGCCCAGGUCUGGAACCUGCUGAUUGUGUACCUGAAAAUGGUCAACGAUCUUGGCAUGAACGAGACGGACGUCCUUUCUUUCCUGUUCAUGCUUGGAUCUCUCGAACUCGGCCAGGCCUACUCGACCUCCACCCUCUCCCCCACGCAACUCCAAAUGCUGGACGACCUCUCCGCAAUGGGCAUCGUCUUCCGCUCCUCCAAAGAUGCCAAGGUCUUCUACCCUACGCGGCUCGCCACAACCCUGACCUCUGAAUCCGGCGGCCUCAACACCACCGGCGGCACCACCACCGGCAGCCCCAACGCCUCAAACAAGGGCUUCAUCAUCAUCGAGACAAACUACCGCCUCUACGCCUACACAGACUCCCUGAUCCAGAUCGCCAUCAUCUCGCUGUUCUGCAAGCUGCAGCACCGCUUCCCCAACCUCAUCUCUGGCAAACUCACAAAGGAGUCCGUCCACAAAGCCGUGUCCGCGGGGAUUACCUCGCAGCAGAUCAUCUCGUAUCUGACGACCUACGCGCACCCGCAGAUGCAGAAGAACAAGACGUUCAUCCCGCCCACCGUCAUGGACCAGAUCCGGCUGUGGGAGUACGAGGGCGAGCGCGUCGAGACCGAGGACGGGUAUCUGAUGCGCGAGUUCGCGAGCCAGGCGGAGUACAACGAUGUCAAGAAGUACGCGGACGCGUGCGGGGUGUUGAGAUGGAGCAACGACGAGAAGCGCAUGUUCUUCAUCAGCCAUGUCGAGCAGGUGAGUGCGUAUCUGAAGAGCAAAAAGGGCCCGCGGUAGCGCUCCGUUUUGAUUUGGAGCGCGGGGCAGGGACAUGCGGCAUGGACGGCGCACGGCGUACUGGGAAUACCACAUGAGUUAUGGGACAUGGUUCUGUAGGUGAACGAAAGGCAUGACGGCAUGCUUUAGUAUUGGUAUCUUUAUAUAAACACAACAAAUCAAACAGAAUAUAUCCACUUGCCACACCAACGCCGCGAAAUGUCUUUU